UAUUCACGUGACGCGGUCCACCUCGAGUUACGCAUGCGCAGAAGUCCAGUGUCGGCAGGUUGGCAAACAGGAGUAGCAGACACGGGAGACUGGAGGUGACGUUGUGUUAAUUUCGCACAAAAAUAACUUUUUCCGCAAUGUCGGAAUUUGACAGCAACCCAUUCGCCGACCCAGUGGACGUAAAUCCCUUCCAGGAUGCGUCCAUCACACAAGCUACCAGCAGAGCCACGGAGACCACAGGGGAGUUCAACCCAUUCUCUGCAAAUGAAAUGGGAAACCGGUCUGGCACGACAGUCCCUGCCUUCGCUGCCUCCACUCAACCCGCCAUACUACAGGCCUCUGUGGAGCAAACUCCACAAGCAACUGCAGCUGCUGGCCAUGCUAACCUGAUCAAACAGCAGGAAGAGCUUGAGAGAAAAGCAGCUGAGCUGGAGAAGAAGGAACAGGAGCUGCAGAACAGGAGUGCAAGCAGCGCAAACAGUGGAGCUAAAGAGAACAACUGGCCACCUCUUCCCACCUUCUUCCCUGUGAAACCAUGCUUCUAUCAGAACUUUGAGGAGGAAAUCCCUGAGGAGUACCGCAAGAUCUGCAAAAGAAUGUAUUACCUCUGGAUGUUCCACAGUGUCACACUCUUCUUCAACGUGCUGGCCUGCCUGGCUUAUUUCACUGCAGACGCUGCGUACGGUGUUGACUUCGGCCUCUCCAUCCUCUGGUUCAUCCUCUUCACCCCUGUGGCCUUCAUCUGCUGGUACAGGCCUGUCUACAAGGCGUUCAGGUCCGACAGCUCCUUCAGCUUCUUUUUUUUCUUCUUCGUCUUUUUCUUCCAAGUGGCAGUGUACAUUAUCCAAACUGUAGGGAUCCCCAAGUGGGGAAACAGUGGAUGGAUCGCAUCAAUUAGCAUGAUCAACAGGGACCUGGCUGUGGCUGUAGUUAUGAUGGUGGUGGCCGGUUUUUUCACUGUAAAUGCUGUCAUGGCUGUCAUCCUGCUAAAAAUGGUCCACUCGAAGUAUAGGAGGACAGGUGCCAGUUUCUCCAAGGCCCAACGGGAAUUUUCUCAAGGAGUCCUGACCAACCGCAACUUCCAGAAUGCUGCAGCCAGUGCUGCCACUUCUGCCGCCCAGGGAACCUUUGGCAGGGGACAGGAAAAUUAGACCAGUUACCGCAUCCUUGGUUUCUCAGGCUAGUCUUUUCUGACCAGCAUAUCACACUAGGCAUGUCCCAAUAUUCUCGAGUAGCUUUAGGGGCAGGUGGGUUUCUUAUCUAAUGAAAAUGACCAAAAAAAGUAACAUGACAAGGGAAAUGGUCUGCCUAGGGAGGUGUCCCCAUUCUCUACAUACAGUAUAUAAACCUUUAAAGACAGAAAACAAGCGUAUAGGUCUUACACAAGCAUGUAAUGACUUGCACAACUUGGUUGCUAUCGAAGUCUUUACUGGCCUGAUCAGUAUACAGCAUGUUCAAAAUCCAUGCUACCAAAAUUCAUUUUAUUCUGGAAAAUGUAGGAAAGUACAAACUGAGGUUGAAUUUUAUGACAAAUAGGAGGCGCUGUGUGCACGACAAAAAUAAAGUGGCAACAUCACAACAUCACUCCUGGAGUGCGUUUAAAUUAAUAGAAUAAAGAUGUAAAUGAGAAUCUGCGGUGCGCCACUGGACUGAGGGCUGGGAUUCAGUGGAAAGUGCAUUUAUUUAAAUCUUGUUGCCUAAGAUGCUGGUGAAAAGUAUUAGGAUUUUUCUAUCUCACUGUUAAUGUAGAAAUAAAAGACUGGGGCCUCAAAAAAUAAACACACUGCAUGUCGAGUUUGGAUUGUAGAAAACACACACUUGACAAGGAUGUUUUACCAUCAAUGAAUAAUGGAUCCACAUGUAUGUAUGCGUAUUUUUGUCCUUACAGCAGCAUGAAGAGCCUUAUACAGUAACCACUCAAUCAUUUUGUAUUAUUUUUAAUAUAUACAAAAAGUACUGAUAGUUUUGGAGUUACUUUCCACUGCCCUGUAAAAUGAGAUGCAUCCCGUUACAUGUUGCUGUUUAAUUCUAUUCACCAAGUUGUUUUCAUGUGCAUAGUACUGUAUACGAUAAGCUGAUUAAUGAAGGUUAUGGGAUGAAGAUUUUUCUUUCUUUUUGAUCAGCUUAUUGAUUUUAGAUGAAGUGAGAGAAAAAUCUCUUAGGGCAGAUUAAGACGAGGUUUAACUGGGAUGGCACAAUUUACUUCAUGUUGCAUAGUUAGAAAUAUGCAUUUUGUCAUAGUGUGGAGUCUUACUACAAUUAAAAUGAAAAAUGGUUCAGGUUUAUUAAUGUAAAGUUACUGACAGGAUAGAAUUUAGACAUUUACUACAUAAAGUUUAUUAGUGAGCAGAAAGAACAAUAUGGUAUGUUUUGAAUUUGUAAUCAAAUACUGUAGACAAUAAUCAUGUUACUGCAUAGUUAGAUGCUCACAUACUGUAGCUGCUCCUAUGGGUGGUGUUGCAUUUUCCCGUUUUUACGUGUGUGUGUGUGUGUUUGUACACACACCUGUGUAUAUAUUCUAAUCUUCAGUUAUGGACUCUGUUUCCUCAGGGCCUUUUUGCAGAUGUAAACUCAGCUACAAGCUUCUGAGUGGUGAUUUAAGCAGAAAAUUCAUGUUGGUUUGAUUUUGUUUAUCUUUGUGCAGAAAUUUCUUGUGAAGUUUCCCCCUGGUCAGUGUUUGUAGUAAGGUAUGUUGUGUGUAUAUAGUGGUUACUUAUUUAAAACAUUUGUUGGAAAUUGGUUCUUAGUCUUAAUAUUCAAUAAACUCGCAGCUUUUUCUGUUAAAA